AGUUAGCUGGAAGACGGUAGUGUGGUCGUGUCUCGGGUAAAUAUUCCAGUAGUGGACGGAGCAGUGAUGUCUUCGGUUCAGUAUUUGAGAGAGUUUAUCAGCGAGCGACUAACAGCUGCUGCUGAAGAGAUAUUCACAGUCUUUGAAAAAACCAUCGUCCAGUACGAAGAAGAGGUGGAUCGUCAGCGCAGACUGCUGGAGAGCGUUUUGAAACCUGAAAUAAAGCUGCACAGGAUCGAGCUCCCACAGCAGCAUGUCUGUAAUGAGGAGGAGGUUCUCACUGACCAGCAGCUCUGUCCCCAGGAGAGGAACUCCAGUCUGGACCAAGAGGAACAAGAACCUCCACAGAUUAAAGAGGAACAGGAGGAAAUGUGCACCAGUCAGGAGGGAGAGCAGCUCGUACUGAAGCAGGAGACUGAAACCUGCAUGUUGACUCCUCAUGGUGAGGAAAGUGACCACAGAGAACCAGACGGUGAGCACCAGCUCCUCUCUCACAACUCUCCUGUAGCUGAGAGCCAAGAUCAGAACAGAAGAAAACAUGUGGAUUCAGGAUCAACAGGGAAUGAAGAACCAAACCCACAGAAGAGUUUUCAUGAAAACAGGAGUCACAGUAGCAAUGUGGACAACUCUCCCAAAUCAGAGAUUAACUCUAAUAUUCACACAGGUAAAAAGACCUUCAAAUGUGACACUUGCUUAUAA